AUGAAUGGAGAGAUUUCACGACAGUCAGGAAACAGUAGAUCUGAAUCUCCAUCUUCCAACAUCGGCGAUGGUCGGGGAUCUUCAUCCAGUCCAGAAAGGCCUACCAGAGGCAGGGGACGUGGACGUCGCCAGUUUCGUGGACGAGGUCCGAGAAAUGUUGGUCGUAGAGUUAAUAGAAGGCCUGUGUAUGGACCAGCCUUGCCAACUUGGGAAGAGUUAGCUGUCCAGCGAAGAGAGGAAAGAAAUGUUCAAAUGAGGGAACGAAUUUCUCAGAUGUCGGCAGAUGGUUUGAGAGAUUUGGUGUUGAGUAUGUUUGACAAAGAUCCAUCAAUUAUGUUGAACAUUGUAGACAGGAAUUCACAAACUGAAAUUCAAGGAUACCAUCCUAGACCUGAGAGUAAUGCCCCAUCUUGGUGUGUUUGUACCAAGUGCAGAGAAAUGCCCACUGAGGAGGAGAAAAAAUGUUGCAGGCAAACACUACAAAAUUGCACAUCCACAUUACCGGAUUUUGAUUUGGUUCUCGUUAUUGCCAGAAGAUAUAGACAAGACGUUUUGGCUGCAGGUGAAGAUGAUGAUUACAAUAAAAGUAACCGCCAUGCCGCCUACAGGCUUUAUAUAUUUUUGGUUCAUGGUCACCUUAGUGCAGGAAACAGAAGGGUCAUUCCAAGUUGUUGUGUCUGGAAAAUUAGAGACAAAUAUCCAGAUAGUUUUGGGAAUUACAGGGGUUUUAUUGGUGGUCGUCUGGGAUAA